GCUAAAUAAAAUCAUCGACGGUAAUCCUUCAUUACUAGAAUCCGAUGCGGGUACUCUCUUUCUGACUGCAAGUUAACGUUAGUAUUUGCGCGGUUAUAAUCAGAGAAUGGACAACUCUGGGAAAGAAAAGGAAGCGAUUCAGCUGAUGGCUGACGCUGACAAGAAAGUGAAAACGUCUGGCUCGUUCCUGGGAGGCAUGUUUGGGUAAGAAUGCUUCAGCAAGAACGAUGUCAAUAAAGCUAACUUUAGCUAGCUUAUCAUCACUCCGCAUGCUAAUAGCAUGCUAACUCAAAGUCUCUGGGUAUUAUCACAGAGUUGUUUACCAUUAGAGAUGACUCAUUGGCACCAGGCCAUGGCAUGUAGUUAGCUAUAUAAUGCUACAAUAUGUCAUUAUGUGACAAUGGACAUUCAAGGGACAUCCUCUAAGCAUGCCAUAUUAAACAUUUGUCAUUAAAAUAACUAGCUAGAAGCUAGCUACAUCUUCAUACAUGCUUCUGCAGACAGUCUAAGUUUAACCAGCUAGCUAGCAUUGCGCCUUCUAAUUAGCUAGGUAGUCAGCUAAUCUAAGCCUUGAAAUAUGCAGAUAAUGGCAAUCUGUCAUUUGGGCAGUGGCUCUGAUGCUAAAUAGCUAACUAACCAUCUUUGAAUGAUUUGUGCACACCCUGUACACUUAGUAAGUGACUUACCACUGUGCCACAAACCAGCUAAAUUAUUCCCUUCAAGUGUAUGUAAACAACCUAGAAGCAGGUCACGACUCUUGGGCCUGUGCCGUGAAGGCUAGCUAAAAUCCCAAAGGCAGGCUGUUACUCUGCAUGCAUACAUUUUAUUGUUAUUUAGCCUUUUUUAAAUGCCUACUCACACAUCGGGCCAUCUGACACAGCACACCAAUUCGGUCUUGACUUCUUUAACCCUUUCUAUAAAUUGUCAUCCUAUAUGCCACCUUUGUGUGUGCUGUAUUUAUGAAUGCAGUUGCCAGUAAUUUAUUCCAAUAGUAGGACCUAGGAGAAGGUAUGUCUGCCAGUUCUAAGGCCACUGCAAUGCAGGUCAGUCAGGUUACAGUCACUGGUGUAUCUAACCUGCCAGACUUCCGAUGAUGUCUAUUUGGCAGCCUAUCAAGUUGUAUUGGUCACAUACACAUAUUUAGCAGAAGUUAUUGCGGGUGUAGCGAAAUGCUUGUGUUCCUAGCUCCAACAGUGCAGUAGUAUCUAACUAUCGUUGCCUGUCUCAGUCUGUACCCUACCUAGGGUCCUGUCUUUUGCGCAAUCAAGUGAUGUGCCUGGAUUUUAUUUACAACUUUUUCAUCAAAUUGUCCCCUUUGACAAUUGCUUAAAUUUUUGGUUGUAAUUCUCAUCUCAAGGCUUACAAUACCAGAUACAAUCUUAUUAUGUGACUUGAUUGCCCAAAACACAGGGCCCCAAUCAUACCAUAUCAGUGAAGAGAAGAAAUAGGUUGCAUAGAAUACAUUUGGUGUACACACACUAAGAUUCACUGCAUUCAGUUCCUGGCAGCCAAUCCAAUAGUCUUCUUAAAGAAAUGAAAUGGCUCUCAAAUGCGCCACUAAGGUGAACGCAAUGGAGAGGUCUAAAUCUGACACUAACUCUCCAUCGUUAGAGAAAAGCCUCCCUAUAUGUCUGGCUUUGGGCACAGCCUUUCUACUGUACUAUACCGGUGGACAACUAUUAACAUGCUGUAUGAGGAUCAUAUCAGAUUGAGGUAGGCCUAUAGCCUUUCAUUAAAUGGCAGAAAACAAAUUAUUCAGUCGACUUUCGUACCAAUUAUAGACUAUGGCUAUAUUGUCUAUAUGAAUGCAGGUGCCACUGUAUUGAAGCCAUUGGAUGCAGUUUAUCAUAGCGCACUUCGCUUUAUUACGGGCGAUUGGUUCAGUACACAUCACUGCAUUCUGUAUAUGAAAGUAGGCUGGCCCUCUUUGAAGUCUGGUAGGUCGAUGCAUUGCGCUCUUUUUGUUUAUAAAUCCCUCCUGCAUACAUUUCCGCCGUACCGUACUUCAUUGUUAACUUACAGACAUACAAGAUACUGCAUGAUGAGAUUAUUAUGGAUAAGAGCAAGAUUAUUUUUAGUUGUCAAACGACAGCCAAGCAUCGAUCAUGAUAUCACUAGAAUAAGACCUUACAUUUUUAUUGGAAAGAAGCAUCAAGCUCAUCACCAUGAACUUUCACCACCCUGUGAAGUUCAUCGUAUCUUAUUUCAUCUGUAGCCUAAUAAACUGCAUGCAUUUCCGAGUCGUAGUGGGAGGACCACACAAUAUCAUCGCGUGACUCCAAGUUUACUUCAAUAUGAUGGUUAUUAUAUCAAUAUUUGCACAUAAAGGGGUUUCCACCACCAUUUCUCGCAUAAGACAUUUUACAGACGCAAAAAGAUCCACCUUGUCUAGCGUAUUUUGUUUUGUCGGAAAGUUUCCAUACGAAUUUGCAGUUUCAAUCAGGCCUGUCGCAAAACAUUUUUCUACAAUGUACUUUACUCGCAUAAAAAGGUUGGAUGGAAACCUGGUUAGUGGCUGUUUGGAUGGCUAGAGCAUCAUUGGUCUAGAGUUGGAGGAAAUACCCACAGGGUCAGGGAGAGAGAGACCGAGAGAUAUCUAUACCAGCACCACCGUCCAACAUGGUCGGCUGACUGAUGUCUUCACUCUAAGCAUAAGGGGUCUGGUCAAUAAUAAGUGCUUGGUUGAUGAAAGCACUGCAUUGCAGUCGUUCCCUAUAUGAGCAACUUCACCCACAUCUAAAACUGUAUGAUUUAAGUGGCAUAGGUUUGUGUCUUGUGUGUAAAUCCUAUGUAUUUUGCUCUCUUCUCUCUACAGUGGACCUCAUAAAGUUGAGGAGGCUUGUGAAAUGUACUGCAGAGCAGCCAACAUGUUCAAGAUGGCCAAGAACUGGAACGGUACACUUCUGUGUGGUCUAUUUCAUACUAAACAUGGUUGACCUUGAUUGAAUGAUUAGCCCACUAGUGGUUGCACAUUGUGUCAGAGCCGAGGUGUGUGUGCACGUGCAUCUCUGACGAAGGUAGUAAUUAAAACUAAAGUGUUAUUUAAACGCUGUCAGUUUCGGAAGAAGCAAUUGUUAUUUUUCCAGUUGACUAUACAAUGCUGUGAAAAGGUAUUUGCCCCCGUUCUGAUUUCUAAAUGUUUCUUAUUCUGGACACUGAAUGUUAUCAGAUCUUUAACCAUAACCUAAUGUUAGAUAAACGGAUUCUGUCCAUAGAACAUUCUUCCAGGAGUCUUGUAGAUCAUCCAGGUGCUUUUUGGCAAACUUGAGUCGACCCUUUGGAUGACAUGGGUCCUGUUAUGUCUGGCGAAAACCGAACUCUGCAUUCCACAGUAAGAACCUCAUACCAACGGUCAAGCGUGGUGGAAGUGUGAUGGUUUGGGGAUCCUUUGCUGCCUCAGGACCUGGACGACUUGCCAUCAUUGAAGGAACCAUGAAUUCUGCUCUGUAUCAGAGAAUUCUAGAGCAGAAUGUCAGGCCGUCCGUGAGCUGAAGCUGAAGCGCAGCUGGGUCAUGCAGCAAGAAAGUUAUCCAAAACACACAAGCAAGUCUACAUCAGAAUGGCUGAAAAGCAACACAUUUAAAGUUCUGGAAUGGCCUAGUCAAAGUCUAGACCUAAACCCGAUUUUAAGAUGUUGUGGCAGGACCUGAAACUAGCAGUUAAUGCUCAAAAACCCACAAAUGUUGCUGAAUUAUAGCAGUUCUGCAUGGAAGAGUGGGCCAAAAUUCAUCCACAGAGAUGUGAGACUGAUCAACUACAGGAAGCAUUUGGUUGCAAUCAUUGCAGCUAAAGGUGUCACAACCAGUUAUUGAGUGUAAGGGGGCAAUUACUGUUUCACACGGUGGCAUUGGGUGUUGCAUAACUUUAAUUCAAUAAAUGAAAUAAUUAUCACUGUUAUUUGUUCACUCAGGUUCCAUUUAUCUAAUAUUCGAUUUUGGUUGAAGAUCUGAUAACAUUCAGUGUCAGAAAUAUGCAAAGUCACUGUGGUUUGGAGUCAUUUUAGCUGUGUGAUUCCAUCUGUAAUUGCACAGCACUAUUCUUGGAGGGCCUCGAGGAACAAGGUGCAAUGAAUUUGCUGUAUGUUGAGGUUACAUUUGUGUGUGUCUCUCUCCAGCUGCUGGUAAUGCGUUCUGCCAGGCGGCCCGGAUCCACAUGCAGCUCCAGAACAAACACGACUCGGCCACCAGCUUCAUCGAUGCAGGAAAUGCCUUCAAAAAGGCAGACCCUAACGGUGAGAUACCACACACCAAAGGCCAAACUGGGCAUUUAGGCUACAGUAAUUGACCUCAAACAGCCUGCUUUAACUUUACUUUACAUUUCUGUCCCUUGUGAAAGUAGCGAAAACUGCUGCACUGUUUUCAGGGCUAAUAGAAGUCGGUGGUAUGUGUCCGUCAGAUCUACACAGGCAGCAGUGGGAGUUGGGGCUCUGGAACUGUAACUGGAGCAGAAUGGACUGUACGGAGAAGCUAGUCUACAGGGAAGAGUCAUAAUGAGUUAGAAUUGCCAGUCAUUUCUUAGUGUCACACACACGAUAAGUCCCAGUCUCUCUGGUACUGUGUCAGAAAUCAGGCUACCCUGUAUAGGAUGUCUGUUUGCAUCUGACAUGUGGCCCUCUGUAGCUCAAUUGGUAGAGCACGGCGCUUGUAACGCCAGGGUAGUGGGUUCGAUCCCCGGGACCACCCAUACGUAAAAAAUGUAUGCACACAUGACUGUAAGUCGCUUUGGAUAAAAGCGUCUGCUAAAUGGCAUUAUUAUUAUUAUUAUUAUUAUUAUUAUUAUUAUUAUUAUUAUUAUGUGGGCCAACCAUCUACUCCAGGGUCAGAGGGGAGAGAGCCAUGCUAUAUUACUGACUAUAUUACAAACUCUAACCAUAUUGCAAACAAAUUGCCCUUGAGUACCGUACAAUAAAUAUCUACUGAGUAGAAUUGAGUAGCUCUCCUCUUUUACCUUUGGUAUGAUUAAUACUGUAGAGCGGUGGGGCUGGAGUACCAACCCUGGGAUGGUUAUUAUUGAGGUUUGUCUGGAUUUAAUAAUAAACCCACCCCCCAGUGGUGGUGGUGAUAUAAGUAUAACCUACUGUAGAUUAAAUACCCAGCCAAGGAAAAAUAAGAUUUAAUGGGCACUACGUUCAUCCACCUCUGCCCUGCUAGCUCCCCUACCUCUACGGAAGCACAGUUCCCACUCAGCCCAGUCAAAGCUAUUCACUGCUCUGGCACCCCAAUGGUGGAACAAGCUCCCCCACGACCCCAGGACAGCGGAGUCACUGACCACCUUCCGGAGACACUUGAAACCCUACCUCUUUAAGGAAUACCUGGAAUAGUAUAAAGUAAUCCUUCUUCCCCCACCCCCCAUAAAAAAAAGGUGGUUGUCCCACCAUAAGUUGAAUGCACCAAUUUGUAAGUCGCUCUGGAUAAGAGCGUCUGCUAAAUGAUGUAAAUGUAAUGUUAUGCACCCUUGAUCUAACCCUGGAUUACAAUAAAAUGAAUAUUACUAUAUAGGAUUUGAUGGUUUCAGAUAACCUAAACUAAGAAAGGGAAAUGGAUGCUCAGUGGUGACGAAAGAAUCGUAAUGCAAAUGCAUGCAUGUUUCUUUCACUUCUUUCCAGUUUUCAGAACUCUCCUUUUGGACGUCCUUCUGACAUAUGUAUGUAUCUAACCUAACCUAAUACUGUCUCUGUCAGUCUAACUCUCCCCUCUUCUUCCUUUAAUGCUGCCAAUAGAGGCUAUCAAGUGCUUAAACGCAGCUGUUGAUAUAUACACAGACAUGGUAAGACAGAUGCUCAGGCGGGGACAUGCAUGGCCAGAACAAUAUAAUACAUUGUCAUGGUUCAUCAUCACCAGUCUUCAUGAAAGACAGAUUAUUUUCCUUUUGGCCAUAGUUGUAAAACUGUUCUGAUAAUGCAGGUUCUACUAUUUUGUUCCAAUGCUAUUCUCUCAAUGGCACCCUCCCUAUAGUAUAGCCUAGCCCUCUUGAAGAUGCUCCUCUCUGUUUCAAAAGAGGGUGAUGCAUUGUAUUAGUAGUAUUGAGUGGAGUGGCUUACGAAGGCCAUUUCAACUACAACAUUUGUAUUGUGAUGCAGGUUAAGUUAAAGUACUAUGCUUCUCUGUAAAGCCAGUUAGUAAUGAUUUCUCUCCUCUGUCUAAAGCCACUUAGUAACGAUCAGGGUCCAAAGUAUUUCCUGGUCUGGUCACGUAGUAAGGUAAAACUCCCGGCCCCAGUAUUGAUUCCUGUCCUGUGUUUGGCUCGUCCAGGGAAGGUUCACCAUUGCAGCCAAACACCACAUCACCAUCGCAGAGAUCUACGAGUCAGAACUGGUGGAUAUAGAGAAGGUGCGUUUUGAAUAUGUUUGUGUGUAUGCGUCGUCGUAUAUGGAGUCAUUGGACUAGUAAGGUGUCUGAAGACAUGGAAUAUUUGGAAUAGCUUACCAAUUUCUCACCGUCUCAUUUCCUUAUUGGUUUACAUUAGAAAGAAAAUUCCAUUAUUUUGCAUUUUCUGGACCUCUACUCAAACUGUGUUUUGGUUCCCAUUCCCCCUGGUCCUGGUAUAGGCCAUCGCCCACUAUGAGCAGGCAGCAGACUACUACAAAGGAGAGGAGUCCAACAGUUCUGCAAACAAGUGUCUACUGAAGGUGGGGGCCUAUGCCGCUCAGUUGGAACAGUACGCAAAGGCCAUCGAGAUCUACGAACAGGUGUGUGUCUCUGUGUGUGUGUGUCACCUCAGCAUGCUUGUGGGUGCAUGUGUGACUGAACAGAAACUGAUUUGUAUAUCAAUGGUUUCCCAAUGAAAUUGAUGAACACAGUGAAUUGACAAUGUUUGUGUGUGUGUGUUACCAGGUUGGAUCCAGCACCAUGGAUAACCCCUUGCUGAAAUACAGCGCCAAAGAGUACUUCUUCAAAGCCUCUCUGUGUCACUUCAUCGUGGAUGAACUUAACGCUAAAGUCAGUUAGCAGCAUCAUGUCACCUAGACCAUAUGGGUUCAGUCCUGUUCUGAUUUUGUAUGAAGCAGUACUGACUUAGUGCUUUAUAUGAAGGAAAACUGAAUUGUAAUUUAUUUCUGCAGCUUGCUGUCGAGAAGUACGAAGAGAUGUUCCCAGCUUUCUCUGACUCGAGAGAGUGCAAGCUGUUGAAGGUAUGUCAGUGACUCCAUCUAAAGCCUUCUAUUUGUUAAUUGUAUCCCUUUAUGGUGUUGAUCAUGGUAAUAGUUUAAAGUUACAGUGAGGGGAAAAAAGUAUUUGAUCCCCUGCUGAUUUUGUACGUUUGCCCACUGACAAAGAAAUGAUCAGUCUAUAAUUUUAAUGGUAGGUUUAUUUGAACAUUGAGAGACAGAAUAUCAACAAAAAAAUCCAGAAAAACGCAUGUCAAAAAUUUUAUGAAUUGAUUUGCAUUUUAAUGAGGGAAAUAAGUAUUUGACCCCUUUGCAAAACAUGACUUAGUACUUGGUGGCAAAACCCUUGUUGGCAAUCACAGAGGUCAGACGUUUCUUGUAGUUGGCCAUCAGGUUUGCACACAUCUCAGGAGGGAUUUUGUCCCACUCUUUGCAGAUCUUCUUCAAGUCAUUAAGGUUUCGAGGCUGACGUUUGGCAACUCGAACCUUCAGCUCCCUCCACAGAUUUUUUUAUGGGAUUAAGGUCUGGAGACUGGCUAGGCCUUCUUGAGCCACUCCUUUGUUGCCUUGGCCGUGUGUUUUGGGUCAUUGUCAUGCUGGAAUACCCAUCUACGACCCAUUUUCAAUGCCCUGGCUGAGGGAAGGAGGUUCUCACCCAAGAUUUGACAGUACAUGGGCCCGUCCAUCGUCCCUUUGAUGCGGUGAAGUUGUCCUGUCCCCUUAGCAGAAAAACACCCCCAAAGCAUAAUGUUUCCACCUCCAUGUUUGACGGUGGGGAUGGUGGGCGGCAGGGAGCUUAGUGGUUAAGAGCGUUGUGCCAGUAACCGAAAGGUCGCUGGUUCUAAUCCCUGAGCCGACUAGGUGAAAAAUCUGUCGAUGUGCCCUUGAGCAAGGCACUUAACCCUAAUUGCACCUAUAAGUCGCUCUGGAUAAGAGCAUCUGCUAAAUGACAAACAUUUAAUGUAAAUGUGUUCUUGGGGUCAUAGGCAGCAUUCCUCCUCCUCCAAACACGGCGAGUUGAGUUGAUGCCAAAGAGCUCAAUUUUGGUCUCAUCUGACCACAACACUUUCACCCAGUUCUCCUCUGAAUCAUUCAGAUGUUCAUUGGCAAAACUUCAGACGGGCAUGUAUAUGUGCUUUCUUGAGCAGGGGGACCUUGCGGGCGCUGCAGGAUUUCAGUCCUUCACGGCGUAGUGUGUUACCAAUUGUUUUCUUGGUGACUAUGGUCCCAGCUGCCUUGAGAUCAUUGACAAGAUCCUCCCGUGUAGUUCUGGGCUGAUUCCUCACCGUUCUCAUGAUCAUUGCAACUCCACGAGGUGAGAUCUUGCAUGGAGCCCCAGGCCGAGGGAGAUUGACAGGACUUUUGUGUUUCUUCCAUUUGCAAAUAAUCGCACCAACUGUUGUCACCUUCUCACCAAGCUGCUUGGCGAUGGUCUUGUAGCCCAUUCCAGCCUUGUGUAGGUCUACAAUCUUGUCCCUGACAUCCAUGGAGAGCUCUUUGGUCUUGGCCAUGGUGGAGAGUUUGGAAUCUGAUUGAUUGCUUCUGUGGACAGGUGUCUUUUUAUACAGGUAACAAGCUGAGAUUAGGAGCACUCCCUUUAAGAGUGUGCUCAUAAUCUCAGCUCGUUACCUGUAUAAAUGACACCUGGGAGCCAGAAAUCUUUCAGAUUGAGAGGGGGUCACAUAUUUAUUUCCCUCAUUAAAAUGCAAAUCAAUUUAUAACAUUUUUGACAUGCGUUUUUCUGGCUUUUUUUGUUGUUAUUCUGUCUCUCACUGUUCAAAUAAACCUACCAAUAAAAUUAUAGACUGAUCAUUUCUUUGUCAGUGGGCAAGCGUACAAAAUCAGCAGGGGAUCAAAUACUUUUUUCCCUCACUGUAUAUUGUGCAAAGUUCACUAGAUCUCAGAGCGCUUACAUAGUAUGGGGUAUGUCAUCCACUACUAAUGUGUAGCACCUACAGUUGAAGUCGGAAGUUUACAUACACUUAGGUUGGAGUCAUUAAAACUCGUUUUUCAACCACUCCACAAAUUUCUUGUUAACAAACUAUAGUUUUGGCAAGUCGGUUAGGACAUCUACUUUGUGCAUGACACAAGUAAUUCUUCCAACAAUUGUUUACAGACAGAUUAUUUCACUUAUAAUUCACCGUAUCACAAUUCCAGUGGGUCAGAAGUUUACAUACACUAAGUUGACUGUGCCUUUUAAACAGCUUGGAAAAUUCCAGAAAAUGAUGUCUUGGCUUUAGAAGCUUCUGAUAGGCUAAUUGACAUCAUUUGAGUCAACUGGAGGUGUACCUGUGGAUGUAUUUCAAGGCCUACCUUCAAACUCAGUGCCUCCUUGCUUGACAUCAUGGGAAAAUCAAAAUAAAUCAGCCAAGACCUCAGAAAGAAAUUUGUAGACCUCCACAAGUCUGGUUCAUCCUUGGGAGCAAUUUCCAAACGCCUGAAGGUACCACGUUCAUCUGUACAAACAAUAGUACGCAAGUAUAAACACCAUGGAACCACGCAGCCGUCAUACCGCUCAGGAAGGAGACGUGUUCUGUCUCCUAGAGAUGAACGUACUUUGAUGCGAAAAGUGCAAAUCAAUCCCAGAACAACCGCAAAGGACCUUGUGAAGAUGCUGGAGGAAACAGGUCCCAGAACAACAGCAAAAGGACCUUGUGAAGAUGCUGGAGGAAAACAGGUACAAAAGUAUCAAUGACCCCAAGCAUACUUCCAAAGUUGUGGCAAAAUGGCUUAAGGACAACAAAGUCAAGGUAUUGGAGUGGCCGUCACAAAGCCCUGUCCUCAAUCCUAUAGAAAAUGUGUGGGCAGAACUGAAAAAGCAUAUGCAAGCAAGGAGGCCUACAAACCUGACUCAGUUACACCAGCUCUGUCAGGAGGAAUGGGCCAAAAUUCACCCAACAUAUUGUGGGACGCUUGUGGAAGGCUACCCGAAACGUUUAACCCAAGUUAAACAAUUGAAAGGCAAUGCUACCAAAUACUAAUUGAGUGUAUGUAAACUUCUGACCCACUGGGAAUGUGAUGAAAGAAAUAAAAGCUUAAAUAAAUCAUUCUCUCUACUAUUAUUCUGACAUUUCACAUUCUUAAAAUAAAGUGGUGAUCCUAACUGACCUAAGACAGGGAAUUUUUACUAGGAUUAAAUGUCAGGAAUUGUGAAAAACUGAGUUUAAAUGUAUUUGGCUAAGGUGUAUGUAAAUGUCCGACUUCAACUGUACCUGUAAUGCACAACAGCCAUUUUGCAGAAGCAAUCUGACAACCUACUGUAAAUCACUGUUGUUUUACAGAAACUCCUGGAUGCUCAUGAGGAACAGAACUGUGAAGCUUUCACAGAAGCAGUAAGUCUAAAUGUCUCAUUGAUUCACCAGGCGGGCUUCUUUUUCGUUUUUGAAAAAAUGUAGGUCUCUGAUAUCGUUACUUAUAAUUGGAUUGGUGAAAGCUAUGGACUCCAGUACAUGGCUUUCACGAAUACAGUCAUGUCAGAUCAGUAAUUAUUGAAUGAAAGAGCAUGGAUUCCUUUAGUAUUUGAACUUAGAUUUAAUCUUAUUCCCUUUCUCUCUCCCUCAGAUUAAAGAGUUUGACUCUAUCUCUCGUCUGGACCAAUGGCAGACCACCAUGCUGCUGCGUAUCAAGAAGACCAUCCAGGGGGACGAGGGAGACCUGAAGUGAGACCAUGCCAGGGGGAACACAUCACCGCGGGGCGCAAACAUGGCAUGCCACCCCUCCCCACUACUUCACCCCUCCCCUUACUCACUCAUCCCAUAUUGUUUUUGUGCAAUGACUCAGUCCAGGUUCUUACAUACAAAAUGUCCAGUUAUUUAAAACUGCUGCAAUGUCUAGGCCAGGGGUCUGAGAU